AUGAUAGUUUCUAAUACAGCAAUUGAAAUUGAGGAAAUAUUGAAAAUAAGAAAAAAUGCCAAGAAUCCUAUCCAACCGUGCUUGUUGAUUGUGGGUACAAUAUCAAAUCCACCACAAAUCAUGGUUUAUUUUGAUGAAUCAAAAUAUGUAUUUUUUUCAAUUAUUAAAGCCUUGGAUAUGUGUUUCAAAAUUUACCAACUGUUUAAUAUAGAAUAUCCAUUAGAGUCUAUAUCUGUGUGGAUGUUUAUUCAACGUUUUUUUUAUAAUAUUAAACUACCAUGUGAUAAACCAUGUCUAUUGAUAAAACAAAUUAUAUCUGAAAUGAAAUAA